AACCUAAUUUAUCUACUUCGAUCCUUGCUUCAGCAGCCCGCCGAAAGAGCGUUGAAAUGAAAGGUUUACUCCUUUACGCCAUCUUCGUUUCCGUAGUUCGUGUCAGUCCGUGUCAGGUUUUUGUUUAAAUUUCGAACGUUUUGUUGUACUCGAUAAAUAUAUAAUUACCGUGAUUUGCCGACACGUUUACAGAUCUUUGCCUAAUUUAAUGAAAUUCGAUUAUUAUUGAUUUUCAUCGCGUUUAAAAACGAGGCGAGGAGGUUUAUAUUUUGCACGAAUUGCAAUUGCUGUUGCAAACUCAUUGGCGGGAAAGACCUAACCUCAAAUUGUUUUGAUAAAUAAACUAUCACGCUGUCGAGUUAAGAUGGCUGAGCGAUUGGAAGAUCUGAACCUGCCCAAUGCAGUUGUGACCAGAAUCAUUAAGGAAGCUUUACCAGAUGGGGUGACUAUUGGGAAAGAUGCUAGAACAGCAGUAGCAAAGGCUGCAUCCAUCUUUAUACUCUAUCUCACAUCGUCUGCCAAUAUAGUAGCCAAGAAAGGCAAUCGCAAGACCAUUAGUGGACCAGACGUGCUGCAAGCGAUGAUAGACAUAGAGUUUGAUCAGUUUGUUGAAUCAUUGCAAGAAUCUCUGGAAAACUUUAGAAAGAUUCAGAAGGAAAAGAAGGAUGCGACGUCGAAGAAGAAGCAACAAAAGAAGGAUGAUGAUGAUGUAAAUGGCGAGGAUGAAGAAGUGGGAAGAGAAAUUAUAGAUCUUACCUAAGAAGUAAAUUUGUACUAUUCUUAAGGAAACCUAACAAGUUGAUUUAUAAUGAUAAUUUAAGAUAUUUAUAAUAGAAAUGCUAAACAAUAAUAAAGAACAUGCAUUUUACAGCCAGUUAAAUAAAA